AUGUCUUUGGCGGUGGCUGACUGGCUGGUUGGUAUAUGUGUUAUGCCACCAGCGGUGGCGUAUACACUUAUUGGAGUUUGGGAAUUAGGUUGGAUCCUCUGUGACGUAUGGAUUUCGCUAGACAUUCUGCUAUGUACUGCUUCCAUCCUUAGUCUUUGUGCCAUUAGCGUCGAUCGAUACUUAGCAGUAACUCAACCACUUCGGUAUUCCAGAAAGAGAAGAUCGAAAAGACUGGCUUUAGGAAUGAUUUUGGUGGUUUGGAUAAGUUCUCUACUGAUAUCAUGUCCGCCUAUAUUUGGAUGGUAUGAGCCAGGAAAGCAUGCAGGAAAAACGUGCCGAUAUAACAAAAAUACGGGAUAUGUAAUUUUUUCAGCGAUGGGGUCUUUUUUCAUUCCAAUGGUAGUUAUGGUGUACGUGUACAUAAAAAUUUCAUGUGUAGUCGCACAAAGACAUGACCAGCUCGCACAUAUUGAUACUGCCCAUCCACGAAAAAACCAAAAACUAAUUUAUAAUACCAGAGAAGAAUCAGAUUUGGAUCGAGGUUCUUCAGAAUGCGAAGAUGGCAACAUAAGGUGUUCGAGCAAUCAUUCUCCAGAGCCAAUUCACAACGAUCAACCAAAGAAGCAAACAGUCAUCCAGUCCCGAUCACUGCGAUCAAAUUAUUUCUUUAACCACGUUCCGCACGAGCCAUUGGCUGCGUCUAGAUCAGCUAGUUUAUACAGAACAACAUUCCCGUUGAGACAGGCGAGACCAGAGAGUCUAACACUGGACACUUCAGUCUUGAACUUCGAACCUGCCUCCAGAGUAUCUUCCUUUAGAAGAGAAACCAAAACUGCACAGACGUUGAGUAUCGUCAUAGAUUACUCGCAGAAUACUGAUACCGCAAUCAGAUCAGACAUAAUCCAAUUAUACGAAUGUGAAAUAAACACAUUAGCACAAAGAUUAAUCAUCGACAAGUGCCAUAAAAGCCUCAGCGCAUAUUACCUCUGGGUUUCUAACCAACUCCGAAGCGAGCAUGAUGCUUAA